GUUGAUGACGUUAAAACUAUGCGCGUUUAACCUUGUGCUAAUGCCACAGGAGUCUUGUCAAAUCAGCUGUGAAAACAGCAUUUUUAACAUUUCGAUGGUAUAUUUUGUCGUCAUUAUUAUUCCGGAGUCAUGAGCAGAUAUAUUUUACCAGUUUCUGUUUUCGGGACAGUGUUUGGAUGCGCUGUUUUACUGAAGAACCAUGUGACUGGAGGUCGGUGUAGUAGUAAGGCUACCAUCACUGGAAAGACUGUGGUUAUAACAGGCGCCAACACCGGCAUAGGGAAAGGGACCGCCCAAGAGCUGGCCACGAGAGGGGGCCGUAUCAUUAUGGGAUGUCGGGAUAUGGAGAAGUGCGAGGCAGCUGCAAAGGAAAUACGAGGAAACACCCUGAAUCCUCACGUUUACGCCUGUCACCUUGAUCUGGCCUCCAUGAAAUCCAUCAGAGAGUUUGCAGAGAUAAUCAAAAAAAAGGAGCAGAGAGUGGAUGUGCUGAUAAACAAUGCAGGGGUCAUGAGAUGUCCAGCAUGGAAGACAGAAGACGGUUUUGACAUGCAGUUUGGAGUUAAUCACUUAGGCCACUUCUUGUUGACAAAUCUUCUGCUGGAUAAGUUGAAAGAGUCCGCCCCCAGCAGAGUGAUCAACCUGGCCUCGCUCGCCCACAUCGUUGGAAAGAUUGACUUCGAGGACUUGAACUGGGAGAAGAAGAAGUUUGAUACCAAGCAGGCGUACUGUCAGAGCAAGCUUGCCAAUGUUCUGUUCACCAGAGAGCUCGCCAAGCGAUUACAAGGCACAGGAGUCACAGUGAAUGCUGUCCACCCAGGCGUUGUUGCCACGGAGCUCGGGAGACACACUGGCCUGCACCAAUCAAAGUUCUCGAGCUCUGUGCUCAGCCCUUUUUUCUCCCUGUUGGUGAAGAGCCCAGAACUUGGGGCCCAGCCCAUCGUCUACCUGGCCGUGUCCGAGGAGAUGGAGGGUGUGACAGGAUGCUACUACGACGUGAUGACAGAAAAGGAACCGGCCCCCCAGGCCCUGGAUGAGGAGGUAGCUUGCAAGCUGUGGGAGGUCAGCAGCAGGCUGGUGGGUCUGGAGGAGGAGGGACAGGCCAGCAUGUCAAACCCUCCAGCAGAAAGCCAGAGCAAAGCUGCACAAACAGACCCGGCACAAAAACAUGGACAGAACCUAGGAGCAGCUGUCAGUGCUGUUGGGCUAUAGAUGUGCUCUGGCCUCUGGGCCAGCAGGGAAUAAUGCUGGCUCUAUGACUUGAGCUGUGCCAGGCUCAUUGCACCAAUUAACUGUCUGAGUCUGUGAUUCUGGUUGUCUGAGUAAUGGCAGUCUUUUGUAUGUGCCUUUAUGUUCCUGCAUCAGGAUAAUUUCUUUGAAACAUGUGUAACAAACAACCUUUAACAAUGGACUCUGGACUCUUUUUUUGAGACAAUGUAUGUUUUGAAAGACAAAGUAGCACUUUCAUUCUCUUAAAAAUGAAAAGUUAGGUUGAUGCACCUUUGCUAACUUCAGAAUAUUCAGGGGUGUUGCUGAUACUGGGUCAGUUAUGACCAGUAGCUUAUGGUGGCUAAUAUUAAUUAAAGUUAGCAAACUAAUUAGCAAAGCUAAUUUGUUAAGUUUAUGACCCUUGUCUUUUUUUUUUACCAGUCAGAAGUUACAUAGUUAAACUUCACCUCAUUAAUCAAAACACAUUGGAAGAAAGUGAUAUAAACAGCUAAAAUACAAUGCUGGCAAAGAUGGCAAUUUAUAUGGCAGAUGGGGUUAACACUGAAAUGGCUAAGAGAAAACAUUCAUCUGAACAUAAAAGAGAAAGAAAAGGAGGAUCAUUUUAAAUGCCAUUGGAAAUGAAAAACCUCAACCACUAAUCUUGAAUAUUUAAACUUUUUUCAUCUGAACAUGAACAUCUCAUUAACUGUUUGUCUACAAUUUUGUAACCUUUCUCUGUUUUCAUGCCUGCUGGAGCCUUUCUGUCAACAAAAUAAUAAUAAUAAAUAAUAAAUAAUAAUAAUAAUAAAAAUCCCCUCACCCAUAAGCACAGACAGUAUUUAGCCCUGUCAUUCUCUCACACAGCAGGAGGAUGUGUGAAUCCAGUCUCAGUAAAUUUGAAGUACACAUGUAUUUUUAGUAGGAGGCAUUCUUCUGCAGCUUUACUGUAGGUUCAGGUUUAGACUGCUGCAAAUGGUAUUAUCUUUGUGGAUUCAAGCAGAAAAUGCUGACAUAUAGUGCCACCUGGCUGCCACGUAAUAAAAUGCAGGUGCUAUAUUAAACCUUAGAAUAAAA